CAACCUCCGCCCUGGUUUUCCAACCCUGGUACAUAGUUGUUGGCCCUUUGGUUACAAAGGGGAAAACAUUGGUCAAUUUGUACUUUUAUCGUAGUUUAAUUUACGAUUAUAAGUGAUAAUGGAGAAUUCGAUAGGCAGUGAAGGCCGAGUUGUGUUUUGUCCGGAUUCGCCUCCGUCCGAUCCGCAAUCUGAGCCGGUUUUGAUAGUCGGACAGGUUGAGAAUCUUCGGAGUGUCGGGUACGAAGCAGUGAAACACAAGUUGGGCGACCGAGUCAGUGCUGAAGUGUACAAAAGUGCACUUGCAUCACUACACCAGACGACACCCGAUUCCGUGUCACUCUAUAUCAAUGUUGCCAUGUUGGCGUCGUUGCCGAGCAAGUGUUCGCGUCAUAAUAGCACUGCGAGGCCUUAUUCUUUAGCCAGCAUUGUAAAAUCUGCAAGCUCUGGAGUAUCGGAGACUAUUGUAGUCGUCUGCCCUUUUGUUGAUGUGCUCGCUUCAGCUUGUGCGAUAGCGAGGUCUUAUCCUCUUUAUUCGAAAAAGUCCUCGGGUAAAACUCCCCAGCUUGUUCGAGUGGAAUUUAUAAUUACAGAUGGUAACGGUGAUGCUGUCGAUUAUGACGCUUUGAACAUCAUAGGAUCGGCAGUGCGGAAUGCGGCACGUAUCGUAGACAUGCCCUGCAAUGAAAUGAAUACAAAUACUUUUAUCCAAGAGAUCAAGAGAGUCGCAUAUGAAUGUGAUUUGGAACUCACUGUAAUUCAAGGUGAAGAGUUAAGAGUUCGGGGAAUGAACGGGAUCUAUUCAGUUGGACGAAGUGCUGAGAACGGUCCAGCACUUGUAGCGGUUAAAUAUAAGUCUAAUAAGGAAGGUGGUCCAGUAAUGGCGUGGGUUGGGAAAGGCAUUGUUUAUGACACUGGUGGCCUUUCUAUUAAAACAAAGGCUUUAAUGCCUGGCAUGAAAAGAGAUUGUGCAGGUGCUGCUGGAAUCCUCGGUGCACUUUGUGUUGCCGCUCGGCUAGGUCUGUCCUCUUGUAGUGAGCUACACGCCAUUUUCUGCCUUGCAGAAAAUUCAGUCGGACCGAAGGCCACCCGACCGGACGACGUGGAAACGCUCUACAGCGGGAAAAGUGUCGAGAUAAACAAUACAGACGCCGAGGGUCGACUUGUGCUCGCCGACGGUGUGGUUUACGCUGCCAGAGACUUAAAAGCAGAUUUCAUUGUUGAUAUGGCUACAUUAACCGGUGCCCAGGGAAUUGCCACGGGCAAAUAUCACGCAGCAUUGCUCACAAAUUCUGCAGAAAUCGAAGCCGAGGCUGUCGAAAUUUCCAGAAUCGCAGGUGACCUGAUCUAUCCAAUACCUUUUUCGCCAGAGCUUCAUUUCUCUGAAUUUACAUCUGCUGUAGCCGACAUGAAGAAUUCCGUCGCCGAUCGAGCAAAUGCACAGUCUUCGUGUGCUGGUCUCUUCAUAAUGGCUCACCUCGGUUUUGACUUCCCAGGUGCGUGGAUGCACAUAGACAUGGCAUCUCCAGCAUACUGCAAUGAGCGUGCUACAGGUUAUGGUGUGGCCCUGCUCACUCUUCUCUUUGGGAAAUAUUCGGAUAAUGACAUGAUCCGAAAGCUCUAUGAGUUAGCAGAGGCUGCCUUUAAAAAAUAGAAACAUACUUUUGUGUUAAUAACAUGAAUAUCGAUUUUAUUAAUGCUUACUAUAGCAUACUAACUAAUUAUACAGAACAAAUAAAUAUAAAUGAAACUGAUUUUUCUUAAAUAUAACCUUAAUAUACUCAAAGGCAAAAAAAUUUAUUUCAAACUACAUGUAUAAUGACCGUUGUUCUGGAAUGAUGCAUUAGACCCUUCCCGAUAUAUGGAUGUUGUACCAGAAGGAUGCACCUCUUAUAGAACUGUGUGGUGUUUAGUGACCGU